AUGCCCGCCUCGCCACCCGACUUUGGCGCCUUCUUCGUGGACCGGAGCGUGGGGAUGAUGGCCAUGGGGCCCCCUGACCCCGGAUACCUGGGAGCUCAGCAGCAGCACGUCGGGCUCCCCAUGGCCUAUACGGGACUACAUGGAUACAACUUGAUCCCCUUGGCAGCCCACCACCACCAUAGACAUGUCACACACAUGGGUACCACCUUUGACUUGAAGACCGCCACCUCUCCCUACCAUAACGCGCUUCUGGCCCGUGCAGGCCCUUUCUUCCCACCCUACCGGGCCAGCCCAAUAGAGGAGCCCGGACGCGGGGGGGCCAAGGUCGCUACUCGCGAAAGCACGGGGGCACUGAAGGCGUGGCUGGGCGAGCACCUGAAGAACCCGUACCCCACCAAGGGCGAGAAGGUCAUGCUGGCCAUCAUCACCAAGAUGAGCCUGACGCAGGUCUCCACCUGGUUCGCCAACGCGCGCCGCCGCCUCAAAAAGGAGAACCGCGUCAGCUGGGCCUCCUCCAGGUCCAAGUCGGACGAGGAAGACGAGGAGCGGGAGACUGAGGACGAAGAAGAGGAGGAGGACGAGGGGCCUUUGAGGAGGUGUGAUGCAGACGGCCAGAAUGAUGCAACACAGCCGGCUAGCGAGAGUGUGGUGGACGUAGGGGUGACAUCACAGGACGGGGGUGAAGGGGCACGCGUGCAGGCCCCUCCAGAAACCAAAGACACCCAGAAACCCAAAAUCUGGUCGCUCGCCGAGACUGCCACAUCGGAGACGGUGAAGAAACCGGCGGACCACGCUUACCAGUCCGCGGGAAGGAUGUGGGCUGAGUGGGCCGCCAGGAGCGCGCUCCUGGUGCCCGACUGUUACGCCGCCCAUAAAAACCACUAA